AUGGCGACCAAGCUCGUUUCUCUCUGGAGGGCGGCUCAAGUCGAGCUGCAGGGCAAUACUCUGCGCGUGCUGCUCCUGUUGCUAGUGACGCCGCUGCCGUGUUUCCUACUGAUCCUGAUCGUCGACGCCGUGCCGCUGCGCCCCAUCAGCGAAGGAAUUGAGUCCAGCCAGCUCUUCUUCGUGCGAGCGUUCGUGUGCUUCUGGAUCGCCAGCAUCACGGCGUACGGCCAGAUCAAGCACAUGGCCCAGCCAGCCCCCCUCUCGAACGUAAAGAACAUCUACCUCGGCGGGGUUGUCGCCGGAGUUACAGUAAGCGCCAUGUAUGCGAUCGCACUCGUCAUCGGGUACCCUCUACCUUUCGGCAUCGUGACCGUCUCUCCAGUUUGGGUCCACUUGUUGCUGGCUCCGCUCCUCUCGUGGAUGAAGAAGGCUCGAGCCGACCCUGCAGUGUGGACGAUGUGUAUCAACUUGCUGAAAAUCACGGUGUUCCGAGAGUCCCUUGUCUUCAUCUACCCGACGUACUUCCACUUCUUCACGACAGUCCCAGACAGCGGGAAAACUGCGUUCUCGCUCCUGCUGCCAGUUGUGAAGAUCGUAUUGCGCGGAGUGCUCGCGAGAAUGGCGGUGCAUCUGAAAGAUGAAGUCCCUCAGAUCGUCGUCAUCAACGUGGACCUGUUCAAAUUUGUCAAUGACGAUCAGCGUGGACCCUCGAAGGACGCUGUUGCUAGUGCUAUCGGCAGCAAGAGCGUCAAGUACCGGUACGUGAGAGAGCUGCGAAGAGUGCUCUACAUCACGGAGUUCGUGAUGCUGGUUAACUACGUUGAAGCCGUCAUCCCUCUUAUCUUCUCUGCCUACCUGUUCGCGAUGUAUCACCUCCCGAAUCGAGCGUACUACGAGCUGAUGGCUCACAUGGAUGACGAUCGGCUCCGCGGCGCUCUGAUGAAUGUGCUGCUUUAUGCCGCGCUACAAAUUGCGUCGCUGGUUGCGCUGAACAUGGUGCUGUGGCACCGAUUGCAGAUUUCGGCCUUUCACCAACUCGCGUUUGUACUGGUGAAGUAG